GUCUGAUGGAAAGAUGGAAGGCAGCUGGAAUAGUAGGAAUUGACUGCCCAUGCCUGGAUUUUUAUUCAUUGGUGCCCAUGUUGGCAUUUACCAUCUACCCAAAACAGCAAAGCUUUCUUCAAAAACAGGUCAUGGAAAUGAACUCAAACGGUGUGGUUGAAUGAAGCAACUUCGGCAAUCAUCACAUUGAUCACAUUGUUUAACAUCAAAUAAGUGCUGUUAAAUCCCUUUGUUGUAUCAUUGCCUGCAAAGAAAACCCAAGGUCUCGCAUGCCUAUGUAUAAUGAUAAUUAAAAACUGGUUUGUAGAAAUGGAACUCUUCUAAAGCUUGACUGGAAUUUUCUCGGGAAAGAUGUCUCGGGCUGAUGUUAAAAAACCUUCCCUCUGCACCACUGGACCUUUAACUAAGGAGGUGAUUAGCCAGGCUGUCUCCACGUUUAGUAAGAUAAUGAGGUCCUCCUAUGGCCCCACAGGUAGGCUCAAACAAUUACACAACGGCAUGGGAGGAUACGUUCGUAUUUCAUCACAAUCUUCGGUUCUGCUGAGUAGUCUUUGUGUCACUCUUCCCGUCUUAAAGCUUCUGGUAGCCUCUCUGCAGAAUCACCUUGCGCUCUUCGGGGACAGUGGCUUAUUUACUGCAAUUUUUUGCUGCAGCUUGCUUGAAAAAUACGAAAGCCUGAAUAUGGCUCCGUACCCUUUCAUUAAAAUUAGCAAACAUAUUUUGAGCCUGUGCCUUGACUACCUUUCAUCUGAAACCUGUGGUUGCCGAAUACCGGUGGAUUUCAGCAGUUCUAAGCUUCUCCUUAGCCUGGUGCGCAGUAUUAUAUCGAGCAAACGUGCUUGCAUGCUUAGCAGAAAGGAGGCCGAUCACAUCAGCAUAUUGGUGUUAAGAGCCUUUCUGUUUACAGUCCCCCAAAAUGUGGAUUCUAGUGCCGUGCUAGGAAAAUGUCAUUACAUACCUUUAAAAAAUAAGAGAGUUAUGGAUUCUACUGUCUAUCCUGGACUUUUAAUUGAAAUGCCAGAAAUGCAUCUGAUUCCGCCUUUCAAAAGAACUCCUUCAGGUCAGAUCAAAGUGGCUCUGUUUGGCAUGUCUAUGUCAGGAGAUUUGUCUCAUGCCGGAGAAGGAGCCAUAGUUAUCCAUCAUGGAAUUUCUCUAGAAGCCGAAAUGUUGGAGCAGUUACUCAGUGUAGGCAGGGAAGUAAUAACUGAUGGUGUCGGCCUUGUGAUAUGCCAGAAGGUCAUCCACCCAACCUUGAAGCAGUAUUUAAAGGAGAACAAUAUUGUUGCUGUCGAGAGAGUUGGAAUAAGAAUGAUGGAGCCCCUGAAGAAAAUGACAGGUUCUCAGCCAAUACCUUCCUUACAAUUGCUGUCUCCUGCUUGUUAUGGCCAACUGAAGGACUUACAGACUCAAUGUUUUGAUUCAAAAUGGUUCCUGCAUCUACUUCCUGAUCAGCCAGUUUUCUGCAGUUUGCUACUCUGCAAUAGGAAUGAAACAGCAUGGGAUGAACUAAAGCUUGCUUGUCAAACUGCAGAACGUGUUUUGCAGUUAACAGUCAAAGAUCCAUGGAUUUUGCUGGGCGGAGGCUGUACCGAAACUCAUGUGUCCUCCUACAUAAAGCACAAGAGUUGUAGUGUAACAGAGGGCACCUUGGAAGAUCUAGGUUGUUCUUCGGAGGAAUUCCACUUAGUAACUGACUGUUUUUGCCACUCACUGGAGUCCAUUGCUCGCUCUCUGGAGCAUGACAGUGGUGACGUUCUCACUGAUACCCAUUGGGGUCAUUCGUGGUCCAUUCCACCUAAGAUUCCUAGCAACUCGGAUUGGUCAGAUUUUGUUCAAAAGUGUGGGUGCGGCCUUUGCAACAAACAGGAAGGCCUCAACUGGAAGAUGUUAAACUGUCGUUCUGUUUCUUUCCUUCCCCAAAAUUGUGUUCACGAGUCCUCUGUAACAUCUGCUGACCAUCUUGUCCUGGAUUGUUUUGCUGCAAAGCGGAAUGGUUUGCAAGUUGCAGUUGAGACAGCCCAUCUCAUUUUAGACAUAUCACAUAUAAUUGAAGAUCGUAAUUAGUUGUGUGUGCACAUUUAAUAAUGUAUUUGCACUGGCAAUUCUAGGCCUCUUUCCAACCACAUCCCUUGCAUCUUCAGAAAAACCUGUAACAAACAUUGGAAUUCUCAAGGUCAUGUUUAUUACUAUUACUGGAAGGAAAAAACUAUUCCUGCUGCGUUACAGACCCCAGAGAAGCAUUUACACAUAUGCAAGUAUCCUCAGGGUGCCAUACUUAUGGACCAGAAAUAUCAGUUGCAAAUUUGGCUUUUCUUGGUGUAACAUAGAUAUUUUUGUCUUAUUUUUGUUUCUUUGCAUGUUUGAUAUUUUUAAAAAAGGCAUAUGCUACUGAAAACGCUUAUACAAAUAUGUAACAUCUUUUGCUAAGAUACAUGACCACUGUUUGUUUAGAAUGUGAAAAAUGAAAGAUUGUGACUAAACAAAAAUUUAAUAUACAGAUAAUACCAACAGAAAUUAUUUUAGCCUCUGUAAUAAAUGGUGUUACUGAUUUUAGCUCACCAUGGAAAACAUCACAUUAUAUAUAUAUAUAUAUAUAUAUAUAUAUAUAUAUAUAUAUAUAUAUAUAUAUAUAUAUAUAUAUAUAUAUAUAUAUAUAUAUAUAUAUAUAUAUAUGGUUAAUAAUGUAAGGACUGAAGUGCAACAUAAUUGGAUUCUAAAUAAUCUAUUUUUCAAAACACAGAACAGUCCAAACAUAAAUGUAAGGUCUAAAUUAAGAAUAUUUCAUUUUUAAUUUAAGAAUUGUUUGAUUGAAAACUGGUUUAGUGGUAAUAGAUUGCUACAGAUUCAAAAUAUUUUUCAAGGGUAUGCACAAAAAUAUUUUUUUCCUAGCAUCAGCUAAAUUAGAUAUAUUACAUUGAGAAAAGUGUUUCUCAUUUCUUUCUGUUAUCUUUAUUAAUGUCAUUGCAGAAAUGUUAAUAUAGGAAAUAGAUUUUGUUAUCUGCUUUUAUCUUCCAAAACUGAAAAAGGUUAAAAAUGUAAGAUUCUUGCCUAUUGGCUUUUUUGAGUUAGCUGUUUUAGAUUGUAAAAGUUUAGUUCCUAAAGAGGUAACCUUAUAAUUUUAAUUUCCUCCUGCAGUGUAUAUCCACUAUAACUGAAACAUCAAUUCUGUCUGUUCUCCUUCCAUUUAAUACAUCAAAAGUGUUUCAGAUGCAAUUGGUAGUAAGAAUGGAUUGGUCCUGCCUGCUUACAAUAUAGAGGAGUUGUUUCCGUCUUUGAACUGGGAGUAUCCUGGGAUAGGGUUAAAAAAAGUCACAAUAGUGACUAUCAUAGUGCAAUCAAAUUGCCAUAAUAUUUAUGUGUGUCCCCUAUUAUGGCUACCACCCUGAAUAUUUUUUUUACCAAACUCUGCAUGCAUCUCUGCUUUGAAUAUGAACAGCCAUAUUUUUUCCUAACACAGUUUAUAUAAUUAUGUUUUUUUU